CUGCGUGUAAGAAAGGUGUAAAAGUUAAACCCCUUCGGGCAGUGUAUUGGAAAAACCUUGACGACAGUGUGUAAGCCCCAUUUCGGUGCAAAGUUGGAGCUACAAAGCAGCACAAAAGACGACCAAAGUUUGAUCUUCUUUGGAGCACAACAAUAAACACCACGAACCAGUCGUUCCCGCAAAGGGUGGCCACGAUGAAAACGGAGGAGAAAACAAACGUGCCACGGGUGCGGAUAGCAGUGCUCGGGAAUGUAAAUGUUGGAAAAUCUGCCCUCACCGUUCGUUACCUAACGCGACGAUUUAUCGGCGAGUACAGUUCCAACACGGACCUGCUGUACAAGCAGACGGUGACACUCGACAGCGGUGUGCUUGAUGUCGAAAUCGUGGACAUUUCCGCCGAAAACGACAACGGAUUCCCGGUGGAACAGAUCCAGUGGGCCGACGCCUGUCUCAUCGUGUACAGCAUCACCGACCGGGGCAGCUACGAGUACGCCCAGCGGUCAUUGGCCGAGCUGCGGCAGCUGCAGAAUGCACCGUCGGCCUACCUGGUCGGCAACAAGGCCGAUCUGGAUCAUUUGCGUGAGGUUCAGGAAACGGAAGGAGCAUCGUUGGCCGCAUCGCACGCGAUCGGUUUCUGUGAAGUUUCGGUCGCCGACAACACACCCGCACUCUACAAAGCCUUCGAGCGUCUGCUGGUCGAAUCCCGGGCCCGUCCAGUGAAGCCACGCAAAUUCUCCGUCAGCAAAAUGUUUGGUACGCUGAUCGGUAACAAUGGCACACGGCAACCCCCGGUCAGCCAGGGCACGGUUGUACCAUGCCACAAAGGUGAGCUGCACAAGUCGCGAGUGAUGAAGCGGCGCCAGGCCUUCACAGCGACUGCCUCCCUAUGACCGACGUCGACCACGGCCGAGGACAGCAAUUAAACAAAGCAAAACGUGUCUCGCAGGUGUAACACACGGACGGACAGGCGUACGGUGAUGAUCGCAGAUGAACGGGGCGAUACGCAGCGGCAUGGUAUGACGGGGAUGGAUGUUUGGGGCUAACAAAAUUUGUGAUGAUAGAAAUAAUAUUGGAAGUGAUCCUAAGCUCCGAUCCGUUCCCAUCCCGUCGUGAUGGCCUUUGCUGUAACACACGCCAAGUCGUGCGUCGAUUCAUGCGGUUCUGGGCUAGCCGUCUCAUCUACUUGUAGCGCUCUGUUACAUCCACUUUUUCCGUGCUUGAUUCAUAAUCCGAUUUAAUCUCAUCAUUGCUUCAUCAUCUCGA